UAGAGAACUGCUUUAUAUACUGGAGCUAAAUUUACCAUCAUCCUGAACGUAUUUCCUCGGCUUCGCACAAUUGGUCCAGCUACUCGACUACCGUAUUUAUAAGCUUGGAGAACCUCCUACCAUUCAAACUUUCUGAUGUAUUUGAAGUGCAACUUCGGAAGAGCUACGGUUAGAUAGAACGCACUGAUUCUGGUGCAAGGUGAGCGCAGCAGGUCAUUUAUUCGUUUAAUCGACUUUGACCAGAAAUAAAUAAGCAUAUAUUUAAUCUUUCAAAUAUGGCUUUAUCUGGUGUGAUUUUGCCAUCAAUCUCGACAUUCGCAAACCAAACCAAAUGUUGGGAACAUAGGUGGAAAAGUGAGAUGGACAAACCAGUUUCUUCUGGCUGCUCCAUGCUUGACAUGGUACAGAACAUGGACUGUCGCGGUGUCGGGAGGAAGGACGACGAGGAUCUGAGUCAUUACUUAGAUCUGGAUUUUAUUCUGGCCAACACCACUGGAUCAGAAUGCAUGUCUACCGCUGCUCUGGGAGCAGGUGUAGCGGAGUAUAACAUGUCUCCAGCGGAUCAUCCAGGAAACCUUUUCACCACCGGGAGUCCCAUGCUAUCAUACCCACCGAGCGAGCACAGCUCCCCGCCUCCCCCCUACAGUACCAGCUUGAUGGCGGAGCUCCUCAGGUCGGAGGGGGAGAGCAACUACGGGGUCAGUAACAACUCCAGCAUCCAGGGACGGUUUUAUGUUAACUCAGCACCGUUUCCCAGACAGGAUAUUGUAGAUAACAUCAAAGUGGAGCCGUCCAUGGACGGUUACGGACCUGUAAUGGGCAUGGUUCCUCAGAGCUGUCCAAAAAUCAAGCAAGAGGGGAACGUGUCGUGCAUGAUGUCCUUCGAGCAGCCGCGAGUUGCCACCUCCCCGAGGGCAGCCAGCAGCAUGACACCACCGCUCAGCCCAAACGACGAGGGGAGCUCUGAGUGCCACCAGCAGUCACCGAUGUGUAACUCUAUGAGUUUCCCACAUAACUACCACUCUACGGCGGCGUACCCACACCACCACACCGGGGCGCCUCAAACCACCCAAAUGCAGCUUGGACUAUACCAAGGAGCUCACCGGUUCGGCAUGUUCGAGGAGGGACUCAGCAUGCAGCAGAACACACAAAGGGUACUGCUGACGCCACCAUCCUCUCCGCUGGAGUUGCUGGAGACCAAACCCAAAAGAGGUCGUCGCAACUGGCCACGGAAGCGCACUGCGACCCACACCUGCACUUUUGCUGGGUGCGGAAAGACAUACACCAAAAGCUCACAUCUGAAGGCGCAUCACAGAACGCACACUGGUGAAAAGCCAUACCAUUGCAACUGGGAAGGUUGCGGCUGGAAAUUCGCCCGCUCGGACGAGCUGACCCGCCAUUUCCGCAAACACACCGGACACCGGCCCUUCCAGUGCCACCUGUGCGAGCGUGCUUUCUCCAGGUCCGACCACCUCGCGCUUCACAUGAAGAGACACAUGUGAUAUGAAGUACAUCAGGACUUAUGGGGGGAGGGGGGGGUCCUUCAUGUCUGUUUUGAUUAUGUGUCUUUAUUUAAAGUGUUUUACACGCCAAAGUUUUUUUUUAUAUAUUGAUAAAAAUGUUUAGUGUAAUUAUUUUACAUUAACGUAGCUGGUACUACAUAGGUAAUAUUCGUUAGGCCUGUUGAAGCUUUAGAAAAGCUUUUGUAGGGUUGUUAUUUUAUAGCAAACAGUAGGCCUAUCUGGGGCUGGCCCUAACCCUAGUCCUCCUCCCUCUUUGACAGAACUGCAGUGCUGUGUUUGACACAAAAGUGCCUUUUUUAUUAUUCUGUGUGCUACUGUAAAAAGAAAUGGUCUAUGCAGAAGGCCACCAAAAUAACAAGACAAGUUUACUUAGUCUGAUAUGAGUGAAAGACAAUGUUUUGUUUUAAACUGCCUCAUUGUUUUUUUUUUUAUGGAAAUAGCUUGCCAUACACUCAACUGUGUUGUGUUUUCACCAAAUUCUUACACCUUUGGAUGGAACUAUAUGGCUUGAGUGCAAGCCCACGGGUCCAGCCCCUUUCUAGGCUCCACUACCAGGGCUAGAUGUCCUGUGUAUCAUUCUAUUUUACCGAAGUCUAUAUGUAUUUUAUACUGGAAAUGGUGUAUUUAUUGUAAAUAUUAAAAAAAACAUUGAAAUAUA